AUGAGUACAAGGCAGGCAGCUAAGGGUCCUAGAAAAGCAAAUAGGAAACGUCAACGAAGGCCAUUGGUUAACGUAGUGAUUGAAGCAAGUGCAUCGGAAUCUGCACAAGUAGAUAGUACCAAUGGCAACAGCGAAAGAGGGUUGGCUGAGGCUUUGCCUAAUUCCAACGACCUCUUAUCAAGAAGUGACAGUAUUGAAAUCAAAGAAACAGAGGCUGAUCUUAUGAAAGAUCUAAGUGAUGUUGAGUAUGCGGACGAGGAUAAACUGUUACGUUCCAGUGAUGAAGAGAAAAAUGAACAAAUCCAAGAAGAAACCGCACAAAAUAUAACUUCAGCUAGUAUUGAUGAUCUACCAGACGAUAUCCCAGAAGAGCGAAAACAUGAUGAAGAAUUUCUUGAUUUCGACAGCGAAGAGAGUGAUAACUCUGAAAGAGUGGAAAAAUUUGCUUCUGAGCGUUCAUCUACGACCGUUGUUGUUCCAAGAAGUGAUCAAUCCAGACAUGCAAAUAUUAAGGAUGUUUCCUUAGAUGAACAUAUAAAGUCUGGAUCAAUAAAAAUGCCUCAGAACGUAAACGUAAAAGAUAAUAAGAAAAAGAAAUUGAACAAAAACUGGCAUAAUACCCCUAAACAGUUCGGCCAUCGUCAACAAGGACAAAAGAGAUUUCCAGCUCCAUUUCAAAUGCCACGAAGUAAUCCGGUUAAUAAUCAGAGAAAUUUUGAUAUGCGACCUUUUGCACCUCGUCCGUUAUUUCAACCGAGACCGCAGCAAGGUCAGAUCGGUAAUAUCACCAGUAACAACGUUAUUAAAAAUACAGAUUAUUUAUUUAGAGUUGUUGAGCGUUUCAAAAAAGAUGAUUUAAAUAUCCUUGCCAUAGGCCCGCCACAUCAGCCAAGGAAUAUCCACGUUAACCCUCAAUUCUUAGCAAAUAGAGGAGCUAUUGGAAAUGGACCACAAAAUUUUCAACCACCAUCUCGUCCUCCAAAUGCACCAAACUUUCCUCCUUCUGUCCAUUCGAGAUUAGGUAUCAAUAAUCGUUUGGGAAAUCCUCAGAGGAUGAAUACACCAGUUCCUCCACAACCAGUGCCUCAACCUCCUCAUCAAAUGCCAAUUGCGCCUCCCGUUGGGCCUCCUAGAUUUCAAACUGGCGUUGCUCCUCCGCAGAUGCCACCGGUUACCGUAAAUACUCCACCAGUACCUCCUACAAAUAUGCCAUGGCUAAAUAAUCCACAAAUGCAGUUUCAGGUGAACCAAACACCGGCACCAACGAAGCCUCAAGAUAUGUCUCAAACGCAGCCUAAAAUACUUAGUAAACAAAUGGCUGAAAAUAAUCAGUUAUACGAAACGAUGCAAAAGCAGUUGCAAAGAUCUGAAGAAAGGCGAAAACAGAGAGUGCUUCGAGGUAAUCGCAGUCCAUCUCGAUCGCGUUCACGUUCACUAUCGCAAUCACUAUCACGAUCGCGGUCUCGAUCGCGUAGUAGUAGUUCGUAUGAUCGUCGGAGAAGUUCUAGGAAAGACUCUAGCAGACGUCGAUAUCGACCGUAUAAAUCGGCACGUUCUAUUUCGAAGAGCCCUAAACGCGAUUGGAGCUCAUCCAGUAGGAGUCGAAGUUUUACUGGUAGCUCCACUAAUGGCAGCGACAACUAUGAAUCAGAUAUAUCUGAUCGAAGCGACCAAUCUAGUGAAGAAAACUACGAAAGGAGUGCAAGUAGAGAGAAUAGUCACUCUAUUGGAGGAGAAAGUAUUAGUUUAGAGGAAGAAAGUGAUUUCAGUGAGAAAAGCCGAAGUCCGCCUCCUCCAAAAAGACCUAUAAAAGAUAGCUAUCCACCAAGGAGAGCGAAGCGUUAUAGAAUGGAAAGAUUAGAUGAUUCUAAGCGACCUUCGCGCCCAAAUCAAGAUCGCUCGAGACCGAGUCACCAUAGCUUCAGUAAAAGAGAACGUCAUAAUCGAUACGAUAAGAGUGUGAAGGAUGUAUCUCGCAGAGAGGAGCGGAACGUUCACCAGACAGUACAUCAUGGAACCCGCCAAAAGGCUUCCAAAUCAACAAGGAUUGUCACAAUUGCAAGAGAGCAAUCACGCAAACAAAAAUCACCACCUCGCUCAUCAGUUGUGCUCACAACUAAUAACAAAGUCAGCAAUGAAGACAGACGGGAGCUGGUUAUUGGUUUCCUUUCGCCGAACACGAAUUACCGCAAACUUUAUAAGAUUUUAUCAGAUAUCGGACCGGUAGAAAGUCUCCAAAUGGAUUCUAAGAGGCAAAAAGCUUAUGUAGUUUUUGCAAAGUCCGAUUACGCUGUUGCCUGUAGAAGAAGAUUACAUCGGUAUUGCAACAUUUUUAACGCAUAUAUAUGUUGA